GGGUUGCAGCUUUUUACUUCUUACCACAGUGAAGAAAGAUCUGCGCAUUAUAAACAAGUUAUUACUUUAGCUACGGUUUUCUCCAAGGACAUGUCUCAGCUAGUUGAAUGCGUUCCAAAUUUCUCUGAGGGGAGAAAUGGGAAGGUUAUUGAUGCAAUUGCCAAUGCAAUCUCGAGCACGGAAGGCUGUCUCCUUCUGGAUGUAGACCCAGGCCCUUCUACUAACCGUACUGUGUACACUUUUGUGGGGUCUCCUCUUGCUGUGGUUGAAGGUGCCCUCCAUGCAGCCAAGGUGGCCUAUGAGCUUAUUGACAUGGCACAGCAUAAAGGUGAACAUCCAAGGAUGGGAGCCCUUGAUGUGUGUCCAUUUAUCCCAGUAAGGAAUGUCACUAUGGAGGAGUGCGUGAACUGUGCAAACCAGUUUGGAAAACGUCUGGCAGAAGACCUUGGUGUCCCUGUGUAUCUCUACGGAGAGGCAGCCCAGCAGGAAAAUCGCAGGUUGCUACCUUCAAUUCGGGCUGGAGAAUAUGAAGGACUGCAGGACAAGUUUAAAAAGCCAGAGUGGGUACCUGAUUUUGGGCCAACCAGCUUUGUGUCAUCCUGGGGAGCUACUGCAUCUGGGGCAAGAAAAUUCCUUAUUGCAUAUAAUGUGAACCUACUUACUACCAAGGAACUAGCACAUAGGAUUGCUCUGAAUAUUCGAGAACAAGGCCGCAGUAAAGACGAGCCUGGUCGUUUGAAGAAAGUCCAGGGAAUGGGAUGGUACCUAGAUGAAGCCAACUUAGCACAGGUGUCAACUAAUCUACUAGAUUUUGAAGUGACCCCUUUGCAUGCUGUUUAUGAAGAGGUAUGCAAGGAUGCAAAGGAACUGACUCUACCUGUGGUGGGCUCACAGAUUGUUGGCCUUCUGCCACUCCAAGCAAUAUUAGACUCUGCCGACUUCUAUAUGCAGAAAGAGAAUCUUUUCCUCUUGGAGGAGGAACAUAAAGUCCGUCUGGUGAUUAGCCGUCUUGGACUGGAUUCCCUGGCACCUUUUAAUCCUAAGGAGAGAAUAAUAGAUUAUAUGGUCCAGGGUGAUGAAGAAGGAUGCCUCGUCAACAGAUCGCUGCGCAGCUUCAUUCAAAGUGUGGGAGCAAGAUCUCCUGCACCAGGUGGUGGUUCUGUGUCUGCAGCUGUAUCGGCCAUGGGUGCAGCCCUGGGCUCCAUGGUUGGUUUAAUGACUUAUGGUAAGAGGCAAUUUGAGGAGCUGGAUGGAAAAAUGAGGAAGCUUAUUCCUCCCUUCUAUCACACAAUGAAAGAGCUGAUCAGCAUGGUGGAUGCAGAUGCUAAUGCCUUCAACAGCUACAUGGAUGCCAUGAAACUUCCAAAGAACACACCGGAGGAAAAAGAGAGCCGGGAAGUUGCAAUGCAAGCAGGACUAAAGAAAGCAAUUGCUGUACCACUUUCUCUGGCAGAGAAGGUUGACACUCUUUGGCCUAGCCUUGAAGAAUUGGCGACAUGUGGAAAUGUGUCCUGUAAAUCUGACCUUCAGGUCGCUGCCAAAGCAUUAGAAACGGGAGUGUUUGGAGCCUAUUACAAUGUUCUCAUUAACCUAAAAGAUGUAAAGGAUGAAACAUUUAAGACACAGAUUCAAGAUAAAGUAUCUGCCUUGCUGGAAAAUGCCAAAAAGAAUUCUGCAGUGGUACUGGACUUGUUGGAAGGACGGCGGGAAUGAUUAAACCCUGUCUCACCUGUACAACACUUGCUAUUAAAUGAUGAAUUAAUACAA